GCGGGUGGCCGCAGAGCAGCUCCGGCCGCGGCUACAGCAGCAGCGUGUUCGAACCCCGCUCCUGCUCCGCUUCUGUGCUCGCUCCCCCGGCCCCGGGGCCUCCCGCCGCCAGUCCCCGGCUGCUCGUCGCGCUGUGCGCUCUCCCCGCCGCCAGAAUGCCGGUGACCGAGAAGGACUUGGCGGAGGACGCGCCGUGGAAGAAGAUCCAGCAGAACACCUUCACGCGCUGGUGCAAUGAGCACCUCAAGUGCGUGAACAAACGCAUCGGGAACCUGCAGACCGACCUGAGCGACGGGCUGCGGCUCAUCGCGCUGCUCGAGGUGCUCAGCCAGAAGCACAUGUACCGCAAGUACCACCAGCGGCCCACCUUCCGCCAGAUGCAGCUGGAGAACGUGUCCGUGGCGCUCGAGUUCCUGGACCGCGAGAGCAUCAAGCUCGUGUCCAUCGACAGCAAGGCCAUUGUGGAUGGAAACCUGAAGCUCAUCUUGGGCCUGGUAUGGACGCUGAUUCUCCACUACUCCAUUUCCAUGCCCGUGUGGGAGGAUGAAGGGGACGAUGAUGCCAAGAAGCAGACGCCAAAGCAGAGGCUGCUGGGAUGGAUUCAGAACAAGAUCCCCUACCUGCCCAUCACCAACUUUAACCAAAACUGGCAAGAUGGCAAAGCCUUGGGAGCCCUGGUGGACAGCUGUGCGCCAGGUCUGUGCCCAGACUGGGAAUCCUGGGACCCACGGAAGCCUGUGGAUAACGCCCGAGAAGCCAUGCAGCAGGCAGACGACUGGCUGGGUGUCCCACAGGUCAUCACUCCGGAAGAAAUCAUUCACCCGGAUGUGGACGAGCACUCGGUGAUGACUUACCUGUCCCAGUUUCCCAAAGCCAAACUCAAGCCGGGUGCUCCUCUUAAACCCAAGCUCAACCCAAAGAAAGCCCGGGCCUACGGCAGAGGAAUCGAGCCCACUGGAAACAUGGUGAAGCAGCCGGCCAAGUUCACCGUGGACACCAUCAGCGCCGGGCAGGGGGAGGUGAUGGUGUUUAUUGAGGACCCAGAAGGAAACAAAGAAGAGGCACAGGUGACCCCUGACAGCGACAGGAACAAGACAUAUUCUGUGGAGUAUGUGCCCAAGGUCACCGGGCUGCACAAGGUCACCGUCCUCUUUGCAGGACAGCACAUCUCCAAGAGCCCAUUCGAAGUGAAUGUUGACAAGGCCCAAGGAGAUGCCAGUAAAGUCACCGCAAAAGGCCCAGGAUUGGAAGCUGCAGGCAACAUUGCCAAUAAGUCCACCUAUUUCGACAUCUACACAGCAGGAGCUGGUGUGGGUGACAUUGGCGUCGAGGUGGAAGAUCCCCAGGGGAAGAACACUGUGGAGUUGCUUGUGGAAGACAAAGGAAACCAGGUGUAUCGAUGUGUGUACAAACCCAUGCAGCCUGGCCCUCACGUGGUCAAGGUGUUCUUUGCUGGAGACGCCAUUCCCAAGAGCCCUUUCCUUGUGCAGGUGGGGGAAGCCUGCAAUCCAAAUGCCUGCCGGGCCAGUGGCCGAGGUCUGCAGCCCAAAGGCGUUCGAAUCCGGGAGACUGCAGACUUCAGAGUUGAUACCAAAGCUGCUGGAAGCGGGGAUCUCAGCAUAACCGUGAAGGGUCCUAAAGGCCUGGAGGAGUUGGUGAGGCAGAAGGGCUUUCAGGAUGGGAUCUACGCGUUCGAGUACUACCCCAGCACCCCGGGGAAGUACAGUGUUGCCAUCACGUGGGGGGGACACCACAUUCCGAAGAGCCCUUUUGAAGUUCAAGUCGGCCCAGAAGCAGGCAUGCAGAAAGUUCGAGCUUGGGGCCCUGGUCUCCAUGGCGGGAUGGUGGGGCGGUCAGCCGACUUCGUGGUGGAGUCCAUUGGCCCUGAAGUGGGGUCUCUGGGGUUUGCCAUUGAAGGCCCUUCCCAGGCAAAGAUCGAGUAUGACGACCAGAACGAUGGAUCGUGUGAUGUCAAAUACUGGCCCAAAGAGCCCGGAGAAUACGCCGUGCACAUCAUGUGUGAUGACGAAGACAUAAAAGACAGCCCGUACAUGGCCCUCAUCCGCCCUGCCAUGGGAGACUACAACCCAGACCUGGUCCAAGCGUACGGGCCGGGUUUGGAGAGAUCUGGGUGCAUUGUCAACAACCCAGCUGAGUUCACCGUGGACCCAAAGGAUGCUGGGAAAGCUCCCUUAAUGAUAUACGCUCAGGACGGGGAAGGCCAGCCGAUUGACAUACAGAUGAAAACGCGGAUGGACGGCACGUAUGCCUGCUCAUACACCCCGGUGAAGCCUAUCAAGCACACCAUUGCUGUGGUCUGGGGCGGCGUGAACAUCCCGCACAGCCCGUACAGGGUCAACAUUGGGCAAGGUAGCCAUCCUCAGAAGGUCAAAGUGUUUGGGCCAGGCGUGGAAAGAAGUGGUCUGAAGGCAAACGAGCCCACUCACUUCACCGUGGACUGUACCGAGGCCGGGGAAGGUGACGUCAGCGUUGGCAUUAAGUGUGAUGCCCGGGUGUUAAGUGAGGAUGAGGAAGAUGUGGAUUUUGACAUUAUUCACAAUGCUAAUGACACAUUUACAGUCAAAUAUGUGCCUCCUGCCACCGGGCGAUACACUAUCAAAGUUCUCUUUGCAUCACAGGAAAUCCCCACCAGCCCUUUCAGAGUCAAAGUUGACCCUUCCCACGACGCCAGCAAAGUGAAGGCGGAAGGCCCCGGGCUCAGCAGAACAGGUGUGGAGAAUGGCAAGCCGACCCACUUCACUGUCUACACCAAGGGUGCUGGGAAAGCCCCGCUCAACGUGCAGUUCAGCAGCCCUCUUCCUGGUGAUGCGGUGAAGGACUUGGAUAUCAUCGACAAUUACGACUACUCGCACACUGUGAAAUACACACCCGCCCAGCAGGGCAAUAUGCAGGUUCUGGUGACCUACGGUGGCGAUACCAUCCCUAAAAGCCCUUUCACUGUGGGUGUUGCUGCUCCACUGGAUCUGAGCAAGAUAAAGAUCAAUGGGCUGGAAAACAGAGUCGAGGUGGGGAAGGAUCAGGAGUUCUCCAUUGACACCCGGGGAGCAGGAGGCCAGGGGAAGCUGGAUGUGACAAUCCUGAGCCCCUCUCGGAAGGUUGUGCCGUGCCUGGUAGCACCCGUGGUGGGCCGUGAGAGCAGCUCAGCCAAGUUCAUCCCCCGGGAAGAGGGGCUGUACGCCGUAGACGUGACUUACGAUGGACACCCUGUGCCUGGGAGCCCCUACACGGUGGAGGCCUCGCUGCCACCUGAUCCCACCAAGGUGAAGGCACACGGGCCUGGCCUGGAAGGUGGGCUCGUGGGCAAGCCCGCCGAGUUCACCAUUGACACCAAAGGAGCCGGAACCGGAGGUUUGGGCCUAACUGUGGAGGGUCCCUGCGAGGCCAAAAUCGAAUGCUCUGACAAUGGUGACGGCACCUGCUCUGUCUCUUAUCUUCCCACCAAGCCUGGGGAGUACUUUGUGAACAUUCUCUUUGAAGAAGUCCACAUACCCGGAUCCCCCUUCAAAGCUGACAUUGAAAUGCCAUUUGACCCAACCAAGGUUGUGGCGUCGGGACCUGGCCUGGAGCACGGCAAAGUGGGCGAAGCUGGGUUCCUUAGUGUUGACUGUUCGGAAGCGGGUCCUGGGGCCCUGGGCCUGGAAGCCAUCUCGGACUCUGGAGCGAAAGCCGAAGUCUGCAUUCAGAACAACAAAGAUGGCACCUACGCGGUGACCUACGUGCCACUGACGGCUGGCAUGUACACGCUGACCAUGAAGUACGGCGGCGAGCCUGUGCCGCACUUCCCCGCCCGGGUCAAGGUGGAGCCCUCUGUGGACACCAGCAGGGUCAAAGUCUUUGGGCCAGGAAUAGAAGGAAAAGAUGUAUUUCGGGAAGCCACCACUGAUUUCAUGGUUGAUUCGAGACCCCUGACCCAGGUGGGGGGUGACCACAUCAAGGCCCACAUCGCCAACCCCUCGGGAGCGUCCACUGAGUGCUUCAUCACGGACAAUGCUGAUGGGACCUACCAGGUGGAGUACACACCCUUUGAGAAAGGUGUCCAUGUGGUGGAGGUGACCUAUGACGAUGUGCCCAUCCCCAACAGUCCCUUCAAAGUGGCUGUAACCGAAGGCUGCCAGCCGUCGCGGGUCCAUGCCCAAGGUCCCGGAUUGAGUGAGGCCUUCACCAACAAACCCAAUCUCUUCACUGUGGUUACCAGAGGCGCAGGAAUUGGCGGGCUCGGCAUAACUGUUGAGGGACCAUCAGAGUCGAAGAUAAACUGCAGAGACAACAAAAACGGCAGCUGCAGCGCCGAAUACAUUCCCUUUGCUCCAGGGGAUUACGACGUUAAUAUCACAUAUGGAGGAGUCCACAUCCCUGGCAGCCCGUUCAGAGUUCCUGUGAAGGAUGUCGUGGACCCCAGUAAGGUCAAAAUUGCUGGCCCUGGCCUGGGCUCUGGCGUCCGAGCCCGCAUCCUGCAGUCUUUUACAGUGGACAGUAGCAAGGCUGGCCUGGCUCCGUUGGAAGUGAGGGUGGUGGGCCCACGAGGCCUGGUGGAGCCAGUGAAUGUAGUGGACAAUGGGGACGGCACACACACAGUGACCUACACCCCAUCUCAGGAGGGCCCUUACAUGGUCUCAGUGAAAUAUGCCGACGAAGAGAUCCCUCGGAGUCCCUUUAAGGUCAAGGUCCUUCCGACAUACGAUGCCAGCAAAGUGACUGCCAGUGGCCCUGGCCUGAGUUCCUAUGGGGUGCCUGCCAGCCUGCCCGUGGACUUCGCUAUUGACGCCAGAGAUGCCGGGGAAGGCCCGCUUGCUGUCCAGAUCACGGACCAAGAGGGAAAACCCAAAAGAGCCACCGUCCAUGACAAUAAAGAUGGCACAUAUGCUGUCACAUACAUUCCUGACAAGACUGGACGCUAUAUGGUCGGGGUCACUUAUGGGGGGGACGACAUCCCUUACUCCCCGUACCGCAUCCGGGCUACACAGACAGGUGAUGCCAGCAAGUGCCUGGCCACAGGCCCUGGCAUCGCCCCCACUGUGAAAACAGGCGAGGAGGUGCGCUUCAUGGUGGACGCCAAGACAGCUGGGAAGGGGAAAGUGACCUGCACAAUUCUGACCCCAGACGGCACUGAGGCUGAGGCCGAUGUCAUUGAAAAUGAAGAUGGCACCUAUGACAUUUUCUACACGGCCGCCAAGCCGGGCACCUACGUCAUCUAUGUGCGCUUUGGCGGUGUUGAUAUUCCCAACAGCCCCUUCACUGUCAUGGCCACGGAUGGGGAAGUCACGGCCGUGGAGAAGGCUCUGGUAAAUGCAUGUCCCCCUGGAUUCAGGCCCUGGGUGACCGAAGAGGCCUAUGUCCCAGUGAGUGACAUGAACGGGUUGGGCUUUAAGCCUUUCGAUUUGGUCAUUCCGUUUGCGGUCAGGAAAGGAGAAAUCACAGGAGAGGUCCACAUGCCAUCUGGGAAGACGGCCACACCCGAGAUUGUGGACAACAAGGACGGCACAGUCACUGUCAGAUACGCACCCACUGAGGUUGGGCUGCAUGAGAUGCACAUCAAAUACAUGGGCAGCCACAUCCCUGAGAGCCCUCUCCAGUUCUACGUGAACUACCCCAACAGCGGGAGCGUUUCUGCCUAUGGUCCAGGCCUGGUGUACGGAGUGGCCAACAAAACUGCCACCUUUACCAUUGUCACCGAGGAUGCAGGAGAAGGCGGCCUUGACUUGGCUAUCGAGGGGCCCUCAAAGGCAGAAAUCAGCUGCAUCGACAACAAAGACGGGACGUGCACAGUGACCUACCUGCCUACCUUGCCAGGGGACUACAGCAUUCUGGUCAAGUACAAUGACAAGCACAUCCCUGGUAGCCCCUUCACAGCCAAGAUCACAGAUGACAGCAGGCGGUGCUCCCAGGUGAAGCUGGGCUCGGCUGCUGACUUCCUGCUGGACAUCAGUGAGACUGACCUCAGCACCCUGACGGCCAGCAUUAAGGCCCCAUCCGGCCGUGAUGAGCCCUGUCUCUUGAAGAGGCUGCCUAACAACCAUGUCGGGAUCUCCUUCAUCCCCCGGGAGGUGGGCGAGCACCUUGUCAGCAUCAAGAAGAAUGGCAACCAUGUGGCCAAUAGCCCUGUGUCCAUUAUGGUGGUCCAGUCCGAGAUCGGGGAUGCACGCCGAGCCAAAGUCUAUGGCCGAGGCCUGUCAGAAGGCCGGACGUUUGAGAUGUCUGACUUCAUCGUGGACACAAGGGAUGCAGGUUAUGGUGGCAUAUCCUUGGCAGUGGAGGGGCCCAGUAAGGUGGACAUCCAGACAGAGGACCUGGAGGAUGGCACCUGCAAGGUCUCCUACUUCCCCACUGUGCCUGGGGUGUACAUCGUCUCCACCAAAUUUGCUGACGAGCACGUGCCCGGGAGCCCAUUUACUGUGAAGAUCAGUGGGGAGGGAAGAGUAAAGGAGAGCAUUACUCGGACCAGCCGGGCCCCAUCCGUAGCGACCGUUGGGAGCAUCUGCGACCUGAACCUAAAGAUUCCAGAAAUUAACAGCAGUGACAUGUCCGCCCGGGUCACCAGCCCCUCCGGCCGUGUGACGGAGGCAGAGAUCGUGCCCAUGGGGAAGAACUCCCACUGUGUCCGGUUUGUGCCCCAGGAGAUGGGCGUUCACACGGUCAGCGUCAAGUACCGCGGGCAGCAUGUAACCGGCAGCCCCUUCCAGUUCACUGUGGGGCCACUCGGCGAAGGGGGCGCCCACAAAGUCCGGGCAGGAGGCCCUGGCCUGGAGAGAGGAGAAGCUGGAGUCCCAGCCGAGUUCAGCAUCUGGACCCGGGAAGCGGGCGCUGGGGGCCUCUCCAUUGCUGUUGAGGGGCCCAGUAAGGCCGAGAUUACAUUUGAUGACCAUAAAAAUGGGUCAUGCGGUGUGUCUUAUAUUGCCCAAGAGCCUGGUAACUACGAGGUGUCCAUCAAGUUCAACGAUGAGCACAUCCCGGAGAGCCCCUACCUGGUGCCCAUCAUUGCGCCCUCCGACGAUGCCCGCCGCCUGACUGUUAUGAGCCUUCAGGAAUCGGGAUUAAAAGUUAACCAGCCAGCAUCCUUUGCUAUAAGGUUGAAUGGUGCAAAAGGCAAGAUCGAUGCCAAGGUGCACAGCCCCUCAGGAGCCGUGGAGGAAUGCCACGUGUCUGAGCUGGAACCAGAUAAGUAUGCCGUUCGUUUCAUCCCCCACGAGAAUGGCAUCCACACCAUCGACGUCAAGUUCAACGGGAGCCACGUGGUCGGAAGCCCCUUCAAAGUGCGCGUCGGGGAGCCCGGACAAGCGGGGAAUCCUGCCCUGGUGUCCGCCUAUGGCGCGGGGCUCGAGGGAGGCACCACAGGCCUCCAGUCCGAGUUCUUCAUCAACACCACGCGGGCAGGCCCAGGGACACUAUCCGUCACCAUCGAAGGCCCGUCCAAGGUUAAAAUGGAUUGCCAGGAAACCCCGGAAGGGUACAAAGUCAUGUACACACCCAUGGCUCCUGGGAGCUACCUGAUUGGCGUCAAGUAUGGUGGUCCCAACCACAUCCUGGGCAGCCCCUUCAAGGCCAAGGUGACAGGUCAGCGUCUGGUGACCCCAGGCUCAGCCAACGAGACCUCCUCCAUCCUGGUAGAGUCAGUGACCAGGUCUUCCACAGAGACCUGCUAUAGUGCCAUCCCCAAGUCAUCCUCGGAUGCCAGCAAGGUGACCUCCAAAGGGGCAGGACUCUCAAAGGCCUUCGUGGGCCAGAAGAGCUCCUUCCUGGUGGACUGCAGCAAAGCUGGUUCCAACAUGCUGCUGAUCGGAGUGCAUGGGCCCACCACCCCCUGCGAAGAGGUCUCCAUGAAGCAUGUGGGCAGUCAGCAGUACAACGUCACCUACGUCGUCAAGGAGAGGGGGGAUUACGUGCUCGCGGUGAAGUGGGGAGAGGAGCACAUCCCUGGCAGCCCCUUUCAUGUCACAGUGCCUUAAAUCAGUUUACGUCAGACCCCGGGAGGAGUUUUUGCCAUUGCUUUCGUUGCUUGUUCAUCAUUCACUUUCUACAAUGUCCUCCAGCGAGCGGGUGGGUCUGAAACCCAGCCCAAAACAUUGCCGUUCUCAAGCGCCUUCACGAGCAGGUUGCACGCUUGCCCCUUGCGGGGCGCGUUGGGAAAUCCAAAGAAACGAACUCACCCAGUGCGCUAAGAAGAUUCAGAGUACUCUGUGUUCAGAUCGGAACUCUUGGUGGCAGAAGUCACUGCGGACAGACCAAGAACACGGCAAGACUGGUGUUUUUAAAAAACUAAAUCUGGGGGGUGGGGAAGAAUCUGGCCAGGCUGAACUACCGGUUUGCUCUGGAGCAUUUAUGAAACAAAACUGGGGGGAGGGGGCAGGGAAAAAGAAGAGAUCUAGUUUAGGAUGUCAUUUAACAAAGGAGGUGGCUUCAAAGCAGCUUGAUCUGUCCCAGGGCCCUGUCAUAUUCUGUAAGGAAAAGCUGUUAGGUAGCUACCACGGUUUAGAUGCAUCUCCUCACCACCCCCGCGCUCUGGCCUUCUGACAGUUCUCCCAGGGCACAACGUAAACCGGCAGCAGCUGGCUUCCUAGCACAGCUCCACUUCUGGUGAUUUUUUUUCCUUGCCAAGUCACAAAGUGUGACCCUCUUGGUGGCCACGUAUCUGCCUUAGUUUCUCCCAAGCCCACUGCGCCCACUUGGUCUCGGGAAUUUGGCGCUACCACAGAGAACCCCACUGCUGAAGGUCCCCCUGAACCACGCUACGCCUUGUUUCUAACAUGCUCCUGUGGUUUGUCAGCCCUCGGCCUUCAGGCGGCCUCAGACGGGUCGGUGCGUGAUGCUGUGUCAUCAGGUGCCUUCACCUUGGAGGCCUCCGUCACAAGCCACAGUGCAACAGCGGCCUCGCGGGCCACUCUUUCUGGAGAACCACCUGCGGCUGUUUAGAAAAUGAUAGGUAGAUGGGUGCAGUUCCAAACUCGGGGUGAUGGCAUUUUGCAUGCUUGCUGCACGCCCGAGCUGGCUUUGGGAGCAGGUGGAUACAGUCAGGGGCAUUGCCUGGCGCGUGUGGGGACCUGAGAGGUGAGGUGAACGCUCUGCACCCCGGUGUAGCUCUGGGGCAGGUGUGGGUGGUAAAAGCCCACCAGUCAGGAACUGGAACAGCGGAGCGAAUGUGAGGGGACCACAGGCGUAGUAACUGGGACGGGGAGGCCAAACUGGAAUCAAAUGCCGACUGUAAAUUGUAUCUUAUAACUUAUUAAAUAAAAUGUUUGCUCCUUAAA